AUGUUUGACUUUGGUGAGGCGGACUUUGGGAGCCGGCCUCCGCCCGCUCGGUAUGAGUUCACCUGCAACAGCCCCCCGAAGCAGAAGCCCAAAAAGGCCAGCGUCAAGGUGCGCAGCCGCGACAAGCGGCGGCAGGCGGCGGUCGACCUGGCUGAGCUGGACAGCGCAGAGGCGCAGGCGCUGGAGGCGCAGCUGGGCAUGGCGCCGCGGGAGCUGCCGCCGCACCUACGCGCCUACGCGCUGCAGGUGGGUGCAGGCCCAGGCCCCGACCUUGUGCUGCCGACCCUAGCCCACCAGCUGAUGGCAGCAGCCAAGCGGGUCUGCCGGCGCCUCGCCUCGCCGCAGGCCGGAGCCGUUCUCAACUACAGCGGUCUGUCCAGCCUGACCCCGGCCGAGGCCGCCGCCUCCGCCGCCCGCAUGCUGCGCUUCUUCGACCUAGGCGGCCACGAGCGGUUCAGCAAGACGCUGCUGCACGGCCUCACAGCCAUGCUGCCAGACCACGUGCUGCUCUGCGUGUCGGCGGUGGCAGGCGUGUCGUGGGCGACGCGCGAGCACCUGGCUGUGUCUCUGGCCCUGGGCAUCCCGCUGCUGGUGGCCAUCACAAAGGCGGACCAGGCCAGCGAGGCGGCGGUGGAGGCGGUGGCGGGAGAUGUCAGGUGCCUGCUGGCAGCGGCGGUGCGGCAGGGCGGGGGCAGCGUGGGCAGCGCCGCCUCGCUGGCGCCGCUGGUACAGACGGAGGCGCAGGCGGUGCAGCUGGCUGCCGCCGUGCAUUGCAGCCGGAUCGUGGCCCCAGGCGCCAGCCUGUGCGUGCCCUUGUUCCCCAUCUCUGCCGUCACUGGGGCCAGCCUGCAGCUGCUCCACGCUUUCUUCUGUGCCCUGCCGCCGACUGGUGCCGCCGGCACAGCCGGCAAGGCGGCAGGCACAGCAGCGGGAGCUGGCGGCGGCGAGGGCAUGCAGGGCUGGGGCGGGGGACCAUUGCAGCAGCAGCAGGCGGCGCCCACCGGCGCGCCAGCGGCGGCGGCGGCGGCGGCGCCAGCGGAGGGCGAUGGCGGCGGCACUGGGCCGAGCCAGCCCGCUCACUUUCAGAUAGAUGGCUGCUUUGAGGUGGCGGAUGUGGGAACAGGCAAGCCCUCGGCGCCGCGCAGCCCGCCUGCUGAGCGCGGCCCUCUUCCUCCCGCCGCUGUCUCUCUCCUGCCGCACACGCGCAGGCCCUGUCUCACCGUGCCCAUGUACAGCGGCACCGUGGUGUGCGGCAGCCUGCGCAUCGGCCAGCAGCUGCUGCUGGGGCCGCUAGACGGCGGCGCCUUCCGUUCAGUCAUAGUCACCGGCAUCCACCGCUCCAAGGUGGAUGUGGGGGCGGCGCACCGGGGCCAGCACGCAACCGUGGCGGUGCAGCCCCUGGGCGGCGGCGGUGAGGAGGCGGCGGGGGAGGAGGAGGGGGUGGCGGCGGCGCCGGUGCGAGCCGACAGCGCCGGCUGCCUGCACGCCUGGAUGCAACAGGCCGGCGGCAGCCCCGCUGUGGCCAUAGGCCCGCAGGCCGGCGCAGCGCCUGGGCCGGGGGCGGCCUGCGGCGCCGCGCGCGGCCCCAGCAGCAGCCUGACGGCGCAGCUGGCGGCCUGCCAGGCGCGUCAGGCGCUGCCUGCUGCGGCGGCGGCGGGCUCGGCACCCGGGGGGGACCACCUGCAUCGCCUCUGGGGCUCCUCCCCGCAGCUGGCCCCUGGCGGCGGCGGGCCCGCGCCUCGCCCACGCAAGGGCGCCGUGCUUCUGGACCCCUCGCUGGCCCCCUGCGCCUGCACACAGUUUGAGGCGGUGCUGGUGCUGCUGGGGGGCCACUGGCCCGCCAGGGGCCUGCUGUCGGGCUGCUACCCGCCAGAGGGGGAUGAGAGCGAGGAGGCAGACCCCGCGCUGGUGCCCCGAGGCGGCUCCUUCGACCCCUCCCUCGCCACCGCGGCCGGCGACGGCGGCGGCGGCCUGGGCGGCGGCAGCCUGGGCGCGGCGCGGCCGCACAGCCUGGGCUCCGGCAAGCUGCACCGCGCCGCCUCCCGCCGCCGCCUGGCCUCCUACACGCCCGUGGUGCACUGCGGCAGCAUCCGCCAGGCCGCGCACGUCGUGGCCAUGCGGGAGCUGCCGCUGCACGCAGCUGGCGGCGGCGGCGGCGGCGGCGGCGCCAGACAAGAGCCCUGGGGCGACGGCGAGGCGGCGGCGGGGUGGGUGCGGGAGGACUCGUGCGGCGUGGAUGAGCUGCUGUCUGCGCUGGAUCUGCUGUCGGAGCUGUCUGGAGGCAGCGAGCAGCCCGGCAGCCAGCCCGACCCGCGACAGCUGGCAGGCGCCGUGGCGGCCGCCGGCGUGCUGCUGCCGCACGCGCUGCCUGCGGCCGGUGCCAGCCCCAGCGCAAGCACCAGCGCAAGCGCAAGCGCAAGCGUCCCAUCCACGAGCGCCGCCGGCACCAGCCCCGCCUCGGCGGCCGGCAGCAGCGGCGCGGGCAGCGGCGAGGGCACGCCCGUCACGCCGGCAGCGCCAGCAGGCGGCGGCGGCGGCCCGGGGCUGCAGCUGGCGGCGGCGCUGGAGCGCCAGCGCUCGCUGCUGCAGCCAGGCGACGACAUCGGCUGCCUGGCGGUCGUUACCUUCGCCUUCAUGCACCAGCCAGAGUGGCUGGUGGAGGGCGCCCGCUUGGUUGUGCGCGACAGGACCAGCGGGCGCGCCGCGGGGGCCGGGGCGGUCUCCGCGCACCUAGAGGGCACCGUGCCGCUGAAGCGAGCGGUGGUGGAGGAGAUGCUCGUGCAACGCCUGGCUGAUAGGCUUCACUCGCUCUCAGAUGGCCAGCUGGCGACGCUGAUGGAGCAGGUGCUGCAGGGGGAUGCAGCGCGCCUCCCGGCAGAGCUGCUGCAGCCCCCGCCGCAGCAGGAGCAGCGGCCUCCCGCCGCCGCCGCUGUGCCGUGGCCGCGGCAGCCGCCGCCGUCUGCGCAGCAGCAGGGCAGCGGCCAGGCGGAGGCACUAGAAGCGCCGCUGCCGCCGCCGCCGCCGCUGCCGCCGCCGCCGCCGCUGCCCCUGCCGCCGCCGCAGCAGCAGCAAGGCACAGCCGCUGCGCCGGCUGCUGCCAGCAGCAGCCCUCUGCCCAGCAGCGGCGACGGCGACGGCGGCAGCGGCGCAGCAGAGCUGCAAGAGGGGCCGGACCUGACUCAGGAGCUGCUGGGGAGGUUCCACCGGCAGCGUGAAGCGAGCAGCGGCGGCACAGGCGCGGAAAGCGGCCCCGGCCUCCGGCUGCCCGGGGCGCUGUCGGAUGCAGGCAGCUGGCGCCUGGCGCUGCUGGCGGUCGCGGGCCCUGCUGUGCUGAUUGCCAGCCUGGCCAAGCUGACGGGCGGCGACGGCAAGCAGCAGCAGCAGCAGCCAAGCUCCCAGCCGCCGGAGCAGCAGCAGCAGCAAGCGCAGCGACCGGAGCAGCAGCCGCAGCAAAGCGAGCCGUCUCAGGACCAGCCGCAGUGGCAGCUGCCAGCAGCGCUGGCCCAGCCGGCACAGCGCCAGGACAAGGAGCAGCAGCGGCAGCCCUGGUCCCUUCUGUCGUGGCUCUUCGAGUCGCAGAAAAGCGAGGAGAGGGAGGAAGCGGGACGGCAGGGAGCAGCAGCAGAGAGCGCUCCUGCAGGAGCUGCGGAGCAAAGCAGCCGGCAAGCUGUGCCUGCCGCCGCCUCCGGUGCGCAGCAGCAGCAGGUGGGGGCUGGGCAGGGCGGCCCGCUGCCUCCGCCCCCGCUGCCGCCCGGGUAUGCUGACCCCUUGGCCGCCGGAGGCGGCAGCAGCGAUGCGGCGGCGGCAGCAGCAGCUCCGGGCGCCAUUCUGUGGCAGCGCAAGGAGCCAGCUCAAGAAGCCGGCAGCAGCAAUGCCGCGGCGGCAGACGGUGGCGCGCCCAUUCUGUGGCGCCGCGCUGAGCCUGUCGAGCCUGCGCUGCACGCUUCAUCAGAGCAGCAGCAGCCGGAGCUGGCGGCAGAGCAGCCGUUUCUCGCGCCAGCAGCCAGCGCUCUUGUAGGGUCUUCCAGCUCGCUCGCAGCUCCAGCCAGUGGCAACGGCAGCAGCAGCGGCGGCGUCGACUUGUGGCGCCUCCCCCUGGAGCAGCUGCGGUCCAUCGCCAGCGAAGCGGCUGCCGACCCUGCGCCGCCCGCUGCGCCCGCGCCCCUUGCCGGCAGCAGCAGCAACGGCGCGGGAGCUGCGGCAGAGGAGGAGCCUGCCGAGCCGGCAAGCGCCGGUGCUGCCACCGCUACUGUGGGGGCCAGCGCAGAGGCCUCCGUGCAGGCAGCAGACGGCGGCAGCCCAGGUGCUGGCACGCCGGCCCCUGGUGCGGGCCGGCGGCACUCCUCCAGGGCCAGCCCAGACGCCGCUCUGGACAACGCCGAGCCGUCCGCGGGCUGGUUUGGGCGGCUGCAGCGCAUGAGCCGCCGCCGCGGCGUGGGCGCUGGCGCUGGCGGGGUGCUGGACGAUGACGAGUGA